AUGAACACAUCAAACGAAACAAGAAUCGCUGACCAGUUUUGCCGUCCAAAUUCCACCGUAGCAGUCCAAACGAUUAAGGUCUUUGCGUAUGUUAUCUUAAUACUUGUGUCUUUGAUCGGCAACACACUCAUUAUUGCCGUAGUCUACAAGAACCGCCGAAUGCGAACCCCUGUGAAUUUUUUUGUGGUCAACAUGAGCGCCGCAGAUAUUCUCAUCACCGUGUUCUACAUGCCGCGAAUGAUCGCAAGGACGUUCUUAGGAAUGAACUGGGGAGUUGACGGAAAUCUUGGCGCCAUAUCCUGCAAGAUAGUACCGUUUGCCCAAGAGCUCUCCGCUUCAGUGUCAGUACUGACCCUUAUACUCAUAGCUGUGGACCGUUUCUUCGCUGUCUUGUUCCCAUUUAAACGCGUCUUCACAAACCGCGUUGCGUACGCUGCAAUCGCCUUCGUGUGGCUUUCCGCCUUUGCUGCUCGAGCGCCAAUGUUCCAUGGCCUUCGGUUCAUCAUUGAUGAAGAGGAGAAAACCCACUGUGCUCUGGAAUUUGACUCCGAAAUGGCAAACAACUUUUACGUAAGAUUCGCUUUUGUAAUGUUUUAUGUCAUCCCUUUGUUCUUCACUGUUGUCCUGUACGGCGCCGUCCUGGUCUCCCUCAAGAACAGAAAGCCAAUUGGCGAAGUUUUCACAAACACUCGACGCAAAUUCAACAAUCGUUUGAAACGAACCCGCAAAGUGAUGAAUAUGUUGUUUGUUAUCGUGUUCAAUUUUGCAGUGUGUUGGUGUUUGUACUUCUUUUUUCCAAUUCUGUUUUUUCGUUUUCGAACCAGGGUGUGCACGCUAGCCUUCCCAGCCCUCUUCCUUGGUCACGUCAACAGUGCAAUAAAUCCCUGUAUUUACCUGAUUUUUAUCGAAAACUACCGCCGGGGUUUUCGCCAGAUAUUACACCCGCUUUACAACCGGUGCGUCAAUGCUAACACGAGAGUCGAACCUGAGGAUCCCUCAGCUGCUUUAAACGGACGACAGAAGCGCAUCAAUGCCAGUCUGACGUUCGCCACGCUGGAUUUCCAGAGAACUGCCAGUACAUCCAAAAAUAAAGUCUUUUCAAUAAAAACAUCCAUGAGUACAACCCAUUCUUAAAAUGGUACAAUCAUGUUGUUUUUAAACAACAUGAUUGUACCAUUUUAAGAAAAAAAAAAAUCUUUCAUCAAGAUACAUUAUCCCAGUAAGGCGAAGUUCUGAAAUAAUAAGAUUUAGGAGGAUCAUUCGAAACCGUGUACCUUCCGGCCAUAUGCUGUACCAUCAAUACUAGUGAGAACACGAGUUAAUAGUAUGUUCCUUGAAGUUUGUUAAUGGAUCUGCCUGCCUUGUUUAUUGUGAAUGCAAUACAAAAGUGCAACUUAAAAUAAAAGCUAUUUAGAAGCAUAAUUUGUGGUGCUGUUUAUUGGACUUGUUAGAUCAGAGGGUGACCAGAUGGCAGAUUGCACAACGGUAGGCCAUUGCACGAGCGCGUUCGAGAUAGUGUUGAACAUGGCUCUACCACGAAUCAAUCCCGACUCCGGCGUGAGAGGAAACUGGGGACCAUCCUACGCAGACGUUCUUAGGAGUUCGUCACGCGUUCCUGAUUUGUGGGGCAGGAACGCGUGACGAACCCCUAAGAACGUCUGCGUGGGAGGCCAUUAUUAACCAACAAACCUCGCGAAGAUUUUUCGCAUUGGGGAGGGAAACUUAUGAUUCCGUGCUCAUGAGAACUAGGCAGUCGUGGAUUGUAAUAAUGUCGUAAAUUGUAAUACCUGUCGUAAAAUGUAAAAACAGUUGUCGAGAAGUGUAAUAACCAGGCUGACGUAAAUUGUAAUAACACGUUGUCGCAAAUUGCACUGAGCAGAGCUGUCGUAAAUUGUAAUACAAUGGAGUAUUUUGUAAUAAGUCUUGAAAAAGAAAAAUUAUCUGCCCAAAACACUUUUAGAAAACUAAAAACUGCUAUGUUUAAUCCAAACAUAACCAAAGGAGGUGAAUUCUUGGGUCACUUUAACUGCUUUUAAAUUAAACAUUGAUGCUAAAGCCUCACGCCUCGAUUCAUAGUUGUUUCCUUGCUCAUUAUCACUGAAUUUCUAAUAGGACAAUGGAUACUUUUCUAAGAAGCCCAUUUAUCCAAAUAAGAAGCUUUUUAAGGACUGUAACAAAGUAAGCUGGCCUUUACAACGUACGCUAAAGUUUUAAGAGCAGCUACCGCGUGUCGAGAAAACAAACGGCAAAUUAGGGGGCUGAAAAAAAAGGACUAAGGAUAUCUGCGUUACUGAGGCCUCUUUUUGUGUUGUGGGGGGGGGGGGGGGGGGGGGGGGGGGGAAAAGAAAAAGCACGGGGGGGGGGGGGGGGGCCCCCUCCCCCCCCACCCCCCCCCCCCCCCGCCCUCUCUUUUUCUUCUUUUUUUUUUUUUUUUUCUCGCCGCCCCCGCGCUCUGUCCCGCCUUGGAUGCUAGUAAAAUCAGGUUGGAAUGUAGAUGAGUAGGAGGUCACAUGUCGAUAGUAAGAAAAAGGGGAUGACACGAAACGAAUGUGCGAGAGGGAGAGGAUGGGGUUAGGAGGUGGGAAAAUAGAUGUGUGGGUUGUGUUUUGUGUGGGUGUGGGUGGGGGGGGGGGGGGGGGGGGGGGGGGGGGGGGGGGGCUGGGGAGAAAGAAAAAGAACGCGCGCGCGCGGGGAACGCCUUUUCCCUCUUCCCAUCGUCCCCCGCGCGCUUUCUAUUUUUUCGAUUAUUGCUAUUUUUAUAGGGAUACCCAGCGCUGCGUGAGCCUCUGCGGAGGAGACAGCAACAGAUGAAUGAAGGGCUCAGUGGUACUGCGUUAUUUUUAGUCGGCUACACAGUCAUUCUUUGAGUCGUCACGCAACGCUCCUCCCUCGUUUGGGUUCAUGACAUCAACUGAGUUGAUGAGGAAUAUUGUGAUCACCGUAAGGGCAUUGAGAAAUCCCCUUACGGUGAUCAAAGCACCCUUACCAACUCAUUUGCCGAAACCAAAUUCAAAACAAUGCUAUUCUUUUAUUUCUGUUUUUGGCUUUUUAAGGCACGAUUAAUAAAAUUCACCGACUGGAUGUAUCUUUUUGCGAUGAAUAAACCAGCUUUUUGGUAACCUUCACUGUAGCUUAACAGCUAAUUUUUGCCUCUCACAAAAACGCCAACGACGCACAAGACGAACGAACAUUUGUGUCACACGAACAUCUAACAGACAAAAGUUUUGAAGACGAGAACAUUUUAUAAAGGUAAACCUGUUUCGGGGCGGGAAAUAUUUUGAAUGAGUAAUAAAGUCUGACAAUAACUGCAUUCGGAAUUCACAUUUUAUGAAAAAUUAUGCAGAUUUCGGACGAUGUCUUCUACCGAGGUCAACCUUGCAUCCUCCGCGAUUUUCACAAUUAUUCAUAUACUCAGCAGCAUCUAAUAAUUACUAAGUAUUACUCAGACAAAUUAUAUUAAUUCUGAUGCAGAAGGCGUCCUCCAGUCUGUCUUUUAUGAGGAAAACGAGGUUCUUGUCAUUAAAGUGGUUAUUUGAUCAAAAGUUACUGUUUCAGAAAAAGGAAGCCUCUUAUCCCCAAAGGGACCAAAAAUUACAACAACCUUCUUCUUGUAGAGAAGUAGAAAACCGGUUCAUAACCUAUUACAACUUUCGGAAAAACAGGAAAAGUAUAUAUCUCGUAAAGUAUUGAACAUAGAAUUCUACCGAAAAUUAUUUUCCUGAAGGGCUCUUUACCGAGAGCAUACUUAAAUUAAAAGGCGCCCAUAAGGUGCGAAAACGAUAGUUUUAAAUAUCGUACAUAAAAUACAGAAAGUAAUAAAAAAAUAACACAUAAUAAUAAAAAAAUAAAUUGGAAAUAAAAGGAAAAAAAGAAAGAAAAAAAAAACAAAACAGUGCCAACAAAUCAUCGCGUGGGUAAAGGGUAUUAGGUAGAGUGUCUCAGAUCGAUCAUGUGUAGCCUGUAAUUGCGGUCACUGUUUUAUUGCUUUGUUCAAAAACUAAUAAGUCUCCAACCGUGUAAGACAAUAUCGUAACACCAAAUAACGGUGGCCAUGUACUAACUACCUCUCAUGGGGUAAGAUCGCAACUCCACUCAAAAUUAAAAUAGAAAGAUGAAAAUAUUCAAGCAACUUGAACAUGUAAAUUGCAGUAGCAGUUAGACAUGCACCUGUAAUACAAACGAUUACAUUACAUUACAAUACUACAUCCAAGACCGCGUGUUUUUUUUCCUAAGCACUCUUUUCAGUUCUUUCUUGUGUAUCGUUUAAUGACAAAAACUUGACGAGAAGUUAAAAGUGAUUUCUGCGGUUUCGAACGAGAGCAUCAACACUGGAUACAAGUAGUAAGGCGAUACCGCUUGUUUUGGCUCUCAUGAGCAAUGCGCUUGUCAAAUGAAACAACGAAUUUCGUGGAUCAGUUUUGUCCUCAAGAAUCCUCUGUAGCAAUACAAGUGAUGAGUAUGUUGUUUUGUGCCAUUGUAAUACUGAUAGCUUUGAUCGGGAACGCCCAUAUUGUUACCGUGGUUUGCCAGCAUCGUCGACUGCGAAGAGCAGCCAUUAAUUUGCUCGUGGUUAACAUGAGUAUGGCAGACAUUAUCAUUACUGUGUUUAAUUCGCCGCGCCUUAUAUCUAGGGCUAUUCUGGGCACAGACUGGGCAAUACGCGGAGAAUUCGGUUACAUCCUCUGCAAGGCCUUCCCAUUUACCAAAGAGCUUUCCUCUUUCGUGUUUGUACUGACUCUUCUACUCAUAGCAGUGGACCGUCUCAUCGCCGUCCUAUUUCCCUUAAAACGUUUUAUCACCAACCGUGUAGCGUACGUUUCUAUUUUCUUCGUAUGGAUUGUCGCCAUAGCUCUCCGAUCACCAAUAUUCAACGACCAAAGGUUUAUCCUUGGAGAAGACGGACAAACAUACUGUUUCCUCCAAUUCGACUCCGAGCUGGCGUUUUAUUUUUACUUGAAGUAUGCAUUUGCGACCUUUUACUCAAUCCCUUUGACCUGUAUUCUCAUCCUUUUCGGCGUUGUGAUGGUUUUACUCAAGAAACGAAAAUCAGUUGGCGAGAAUUUAACAAGCAAACAACAAAGAUACAAAGAUCGUACAAGAAGAACUCGCAAAGUGAUGAGGAUGUUGCUUACAAUCAUGUUUGUUUUAACUCUGGGUUGGUGCUUGCACUUCUUUUUGCCUCUUCUACUUCUUCGCUUUGGACCCAAAGUAUGUAACUUAGCUUUGCCAGCUCUCUUUCUUAAUCAAAGCACCAGUGCAAUAAAUCCUUGUAUCUACCUUCUUUAUAUAAAAAAUUACCGCUGUAGUUUCCGUGAGAUUUGGCGCUCACUCUACAGGCGGUGCAUGAAGACGCUGUCUUCGAACAAUAAAAUUAAGCCUCAGGAUAUUUCAACUGUACGUAGAAGGACUGUCGAAGGACAGCAAAAAUGA